AUGGGGACUCCUCAACCCAGCUCCCUGACCCACACGGAGCCUGACUCUGUCAACAGCCAGAGUGCCCUGGUGCCACUCGGCACACUGACCCAGGAUCGCCAGCGUUACCCGCCCACUGCAGUGGUGGCACAGCAGCAAGGGAAGGAGGAUGGGCAGAGGCGGGGAACCGUGCAGUGGCAGGGUGCCAACAGCAGCCUCAGCAUCCAGCGUCCAUUCCUUCUGUGCUCAGCCCGGAGAAGCUCAAACAGCAAAAACAUGGAUGGCAUCUUGCAAGUCUUCCAGAAUGAACUCAUCUGCUCCAUCUGCAGGAACUACUUCAUAGACCCCAUCACCAUAGAAUGUGGGCACAGCUUUUGCAGGCCCUGUUUCUACCUCAGCUUGCCAAACAGGUCAGUUCUUGCUCACUGCUCUGAAUGCCAGAAAGCAAUCCAGCAGAGAGACUUUCACACAAAUGUCUGUCUCAAGCAAAUGGUUCUCACUGUCAGACAAGCCAGUCUGUGGCAUUUCCUGCACUCUAAGGACAAUAGGUGUAGGAUACACAUGGAGGCAAAGCAGAUCUUCUGUGAGGACCAGAGGAGCCUGCUCUGUUUGCACUGCUCUACCUCCCAGGAGCAUGAGGCUCACAGACACUGUUCAGUAGAAGAGGCAGCUGAGCAACACAGGGAGAAACUCCUCAAGACAAUGCGCUCUUUAUGGGAGAAAUGUUGUGAAAAUGACAGAAAACUGAAUGUGGAAACUGUCACAAUCUGUUCUUGGGAGAUUUAUCUGCUCCUGGAUUUUGGAGACAUAUUGCACAGGAGUGAGGCAGUGUGUGUGCACAUGCCCCAGCCUGUGAAAGCAGAGCUCACUGCAGUGACCAUCCCGGGGAUGCUUGCAAGUCUAGCACCAAUGGAGUUCACGUAA